GCGGAGGAGGGGGACCUGACGGCGAGCGCUGCCGCCUGAGUGAAGCCGCGGACGGACAACCAAAUAUCUCCACGAAUUCCCACAGCGAAGCCCGCAGUCUUCCUGCCUUGGAGGAUUUUGUGUCGCUUACAAGACUAUACGAUGUGAUUGUCGUCGGAGGCAGCGGCAGUCCAAUGCACGAAAAACCCACCAUACUUCACUAGAAUGUACUUGAUGAAUGUACCACCUGUCGCAGCGACGCAAACAGAAUGGAGAAGAUGUGGACCACCUGGAGGCUUUAGCCUUCCGGUUUGCUUCAAUGAGUCUGACUCAGAGUUGUCCACGAUAGGCCCACCUAUCUCAGACAAGGUCCAGAUGAUCAUAGAGAGCCUUAGGAGCACUCAGUCCUCACUCGAGAUGGGCGAUGAGAUCGAGGGAAACGUGUUACCAAGACAGGAAGGCCAUACACAAGUCUACAAGGUUGCAGGGGGUUCUUAUGUUGGAGUCAAAGCCAAAACUAAAAGCCCCUCUGAAAACCUGCAUCCAUCUUCCACAAACAACCAGGAGAACAGUGACUCUGACAGUGAUGACUCCGUGGACAGAGGAAUUGAGGAAGCAAUAUUGGAGUACCUGAAAGAAAAGGAUGAUCACAAACGUAAGGCUGAACCUUGCUCCACCCUUCUCGAGUCAUCCAAAGUUUCAAGAAAACAUCCAUCCAUUCUUGAGGUUUCCAAACAGAACUCCAACAGCAGCACAUCUUUGAUUGGCACCAGCCAGUUCCCAAUAAGUAUCAAAGCUGUAAUCCCAUCAUCACCAGCUACUGUGCCUUUAAAAAAGUAUAUCAAAAACAAGGCAUCCUUAGAUGAAAACUUUAAUUUGAAUAAAAGUUCAGCCAAAACUUUAAUCAGUUCAAAAGAUCAGACAAUGACCCCCUUUAAGGCAACUGAGCUCUUCAACAAAACUAUACCUUUCCCAGUCGCGGUUAAGCUGGAAGAAGAAUCAAAUGAUUCCAGUAGCGAUGACGGCAUUGAGGAGGCCAUUCUAAGAUACCAAUUAGAAAAAAAGGAGCAGCAGGUCAAGAUCGAAGCCUUCACUCCUCACACAUUCAAAGAAGAAUCUGAUUCAACAAGCGACGAUGGGAUUGAGGAGGCUAUUCGCUGCUAUCAGCUGGAGCAAAAGGAGAAGACUGUCCCAAAGCCAUUCCUACACAAGCAAAAACCCUUCACCAAGUCAGCGGUAAAUGCUGUUGGAGGUUUUGAAAGCAUGAAGAAACAGAAAGCAACAAAGAAAAAAGGCAGAACAGAGAAAAAGAAGAAAUCAUUUCAACCUCAGACUUCAUCUGUUGUGAUACCUGAGACGUCACUCUCAGACAACCCAAAAGGUAAAGGAAAUGGACUGCCUUCACUGAAAUUAGAGCGUUUUGAAGAGCAACAAGCUCCUGCACCCCCCAAGGUUAAUACAACUGCAGAAUUGAUGUGUGCUGAAGCAAUAUUGGACAUUUCCAAAACUGUUAUGCCUGCUGCCUUCCAUCAUGGCAUUGACCUCCACCCUUGUGCUCCCACUGAACCAUCUGUGCAGCCUUCUGUUCCAGAAAGUUACCAGCAUGAAGAAAGCGAUGACAGUUCCAUUGACAGCGAAGAUGGGAUUGAGCAAGAAAUCAGGAAUUUUCUUGAGCAGAAGGCACAAAUGCUCAAACAACCACCCAUCACUCAAGACGCUUGUCGUAUAAGUGAACCUGAGAACGUGAAACAGAGAGAAUUUGCAAUGCAAAAGAAACUACAAAAAUUGUCCUUAAUGGAGAGACAAAAGGACAAGGUGAAAUCAGGAACGGACGAAAAAAGUAAAGAAGCAGCCCCUGAGCCUUUACGUGAGCUUACACGGGAAUCAAACCCAUCCGAGUAUUCCCAGAGAAGUCUAACACACCCUUCUGCAGUACUGCACAAGAUGGACAAAAGUGGAGACAAGAGCAGCUCACUCGACAGUGACGAGGACCUUGACACCGCCAUCAAAGACCUGCUCAAGACGAAGAAGAAGUCAAAGAAAAAGAUCAGAGACUUGAAGCGGAAAUCCAGGAAGUUUGUCAGAGAUGAAGAUCCACUGUUAGGAAACACUUUACCCUCAAAAAAGUUAAAACCCAACCCCAUUUCCAAAUUCAGUGCAUUGAAAAAAGUGCAGAGGAGCAAAGAUGACAUGAAAGACAAGUUUGACUUGAGAAAAAAGAGCAUUACCCAGCAAAAGCAGAAUGAUCAAAGUCAGGCGCAGGUUAGAACGUCGACUUUGAAAAGUGCGGAGGGCGGAGACGCACAAAUGCUGCACACCCUUAAAACCCCUCCACAAACAAAGGAUGAUAGCAGCUCCGUAGACAGCGAUGACAGCAUUGAGCAAGAGAUCAGAAGGUUUCUGGCUGAGAAGGCCAAAGGUUCUACUAUGGAGAAAAGUAAAGAUGUAGAUGCAUCAAGGAAUGGUGCGGUUACAGUUGGAGAUGCAGACGACAAAGAGGAAUCUCAGCUGGCUGAGAUUCCGAGAAAAAGUGCCAGUCCGCUCUUCGGUUCUCUUGGUCGUUCAGUUCAAGAUAGAACCACACACGGACCGUUUUCAGACGUUUUUCCCAUCAGCGCACAAUCGUGCAUGUCCUCUGUCCAGUCCUGCAGUCCCAGCCUGUUGGAGCCUGCGGAUGGAGUGGGGGCAGCCAGAACCAAGCAAAGGAGGCCUAUUCCUGGCAGAGACGACGUCCUCACCAACUCCCCGCAGUUGGAGAAAGUGCGACCAGUUUUAGCUCCUAACAGUGCUCAUUCUCGUGCAGAAUCAAUCAAGUGGCGCCAGAGCCUGGGACUCCCCAUUUCUGACAUACGGGCUCAUGGUCGGAAUCCAUUUCACAUCAAGUCAUCAGAAAUCACAGACACUGCAUCAACCACUUCGCCAUACCAGAGCAGGGAACUCAAAUUACAGACUCCGGCGAGUGCUUGGUUCACUUCAAAGACCAGCAGAGCACCGUUUUCUGGCUCCUCAGAGGCGGAUGUAAAUACCCUAGUCAGACCCCCUGUUUUGAAUUUUUUCCCUGCUUCCAGGCCGCCUUCAAAGAUGUCCUUUACGCGGAGCCUUGCGCCUGGCGACAGGCCCCAGUUCUCCCUGGAAGAGGAGAAGGCGAGUAUGGUGCACGUGCCUAAGGACAAGAGUGUAUUUGUUGAACUAGAGUCUAAUAGGACCAACCAUGUCCAGGUUCAAAGCAGGGAAAGGAGAGAGGGAAAGGAGAGAGUGGACUUGCUUAAUGAGAGAAAAACAGAAGGCAAGAGCAUGAAGAUAGAUGAGAAAGAAGUGCAUCAAGACAGAAAGGAGGAAGAAUUUAUAGAUGAGCCAGAUUGUGAAUCAGACAGCAGGCGAGAUCCAGGAAAGAAGCAGGGCUUUUCCACAUUGUCUCUAUCCAGAGCUAUUGAUCCUGGCGUCAGCAUCAGUCCAUGCAUAGCUUUCAACACAGAGGAGAGAAGCAGGAUGUUCAGCAGCAGGUACCAGGCACCUGUACAGGAGGUACCUCCUGUACCCUGGAAGAGACGUGCUCCUUUAAUUGUUGAUCCGGAGCAUGAAAGACAUGUGGAACACUUCAAAAGAAAGCUUCGCUUUAGCCCUUAGAGCAGGUACUGUAGGUGACUUUUGUCCUCACUGCAAGUGGUCACCAUGAAAUUAUAAUCUCUUCAACGUAGUUUCACUCUUCCAGAACAGAAAGGAUGCACCCAGUCAGCAGAUCAAGAGGAUUAAAUGCCACUUUGAAGAUGCAUUUAAGUGAUAUUUGCACUUUCCUGCGUUCUUGUCUAUAUAAUGUUUUAUUCUUAGUUCAUGGUUACAAGUGGAGUUUAGCUUU